AUGGCAUUGGACAUGUUCUUUGCAACACGUUCUAGUGAGACGAAGAGGCAAGGGAGAGAUAGGGUGGGGAGUUGAUAGUCAGGUCACCAUGGUAACAUGCCCCCCAUCCCCUCUCACCCAUCACCUCUCAUUCAUCCCCAUAGUAAUAGCCAAGCUCUGUUGCCCUGGAGACCACAGGGGAUGGUAGGGGAAUGCAGUGUGUGUGUCUGUGUGUGUGUGUGUGUGUAGUGCAUGCACAAUUGGGAUUAUGAAAGGCAGUAACAAGCUCCUAUCAGCUUGGUGAAACUAAUUUGUUGCUGUUAAAUGGUGUGUAUUUUCCAUCUGAACUAACAUAUGAGGGGGACUAUUGGGCUAUCCAAGGGGAAACCAUAGAGGUUAAAACCUCUGAAGUUCUACCACAACUUCAUCAUGAGGAUUCUUCAGCUGUUUCUAAAAAUGACUUUAUUUUAACCCAGCUCUUAUUCUAACCCAGCUCCCAAUGAUGGACAAUCCUUGCUUCCAUGUGUGUGUCUUGUGAGAGCAGGCUGUGAAAUAAUCCACGUUUAUCGGAUGAAAGCAAACUGACAACUCACUGAGUUCUUUCAUGACAAUAUCCCAGACAGAGUGAAUAGGCAAUGCGAUCAUAUUUCUUUUUAGUUUUUUCAACAUUGCUGUUUUGAAUCCUAUUUAAAGAGCGCUAUAUCAAGGUUACAUCCCUUUGAGCUCUCAUGUUUUCCCUUUAGUCCUGUUGUGACAGCCUGCCUAUCUGAUAGGACUAAUAACAUGGUAAUAGCAUAAAUUACAUGGUAAUGAAAUGUUAAUAAACAGUUUUCUAUCUCUUCCUCUCUUUCACCCAUCACCUCUCUCUCUUCCUCCGCCCUCGCUCCCCUCCUUCUCUCUCCAUUCUCUCUCCCUUCGCUCUUCCUCCCCAUCUCCCUCUCGCUGUCAGGUCUGUCCUCCCGCUCUCCUCCGGCCUCCAAGAUAGAUUCCCUCAGGAGUAAGGUUGAGCUCCUCCGCCUGCCUCUGGCCCUCUCCUCCAAGUCCAUCAGCCACCGCAAGAGUCAGCUGGGCGGAGCCGGGGAGCGCGGCACGGGGGGAGGAGGGGCCCACAGGGGCAAACCCCGCCCACCGGCCUCCGACAUGGACAACGAGUCGCAGUACUCAGGCUACUCCUAUAAGUCCUCGCACUCCCGCAGCUCCAGGAAGCACAGGUGGGUAACAUAUACAUGAUAUAUAUACACUGACUGUACAACUCAAUAUUAGGAAGGUGUUCCGAAUGUUUUGUGUACUCAGUAUAUACUUACAGUGAGGGAAAAAGUAUUUGAUCCCCUGCUGAUUUGGUAUGUUUGCUCACUGACAAAGACAUAAUUAUAAUUUUAAUGGUAGGUUUAUUUGAACAGUGAGAGACAGAAUAACAACAAAAAAAUCCAGAAAAACGCAUGUCAAAAUGUUAUAAAUUGAUUUGCAUUUUAAUGAGGGAAAAAAGUAUUUGACCCCUCUGCAAAACAUGACUUAGUACUUGGUGGCAAAACCCUUGUUGGCAAUCACAGAGGUCAGACGUUUCUUGUAGUUGGCCACCAGGUUUGCACACAUCUCAGGAGGGAUUUUGUCCCACUCCUCUUUGCAGAUCUUAUCCAAGUCAUUAAGGUUUCGAGCCUGAUGUUUGGCAACUCAAACCUUCAGCUCCCUCCACAGAUUUUCUAUGGGAUUAAGGUCUGGAGAAUGGCUAGGCCACUCCAGGACCUUAAUGUACUUCUUCUUGAGCCACUCCUUUGUUGCCUUGGCCGUGUGUUUUGGGUCAUUGUCAUGCUGGAAUACCCAUCCACAACCCAUUUUCAAUGCCAUGGCUGAGGGAAGGAGGUUCUCACCCAAGAUUUGAUGGUACAUGGCCCUGUCCAUCGUCCCUUUGAUGCGGUGAAGUUGUCCUGUCCUCUUAGCAGAAAAACACCCCCAAAGCAUAAUGUUUCCACCUCCAUGUUUGACGUGGGGAUGGUGUUCUUGGGGUCAUAGGCAGCAUUCCUCCUUCUCCAAACAUGGCGAGUUGAGUUGAUGCCAAAGAGCUUUAUUUUGGUCUCAUCUGAUCACAACACUUUCACCCAGUUCUCCUCUGAAUCAUUCAGAUGUUCAUUGGCAAACUUCAGACGGGCCUGUAUAUGUGCUUUCUUUAGCAGGGGGACCUUGCGGGCACUGCAGGAUUUCAGUCCUUCACAGCGUAGUGUGUUACCAAUUGUUUUCUUGGUGACUAUGGUCCCAGCUGCCUUGAGAUCAUUGACAAGAUCCUCCCGUGUAGUUCUGGGCUGAUUCCUCACCGUUCUCAUGAUCAUUGCAACUCCACGAGGUGAGAUCUUGCAUGGAGCCCCAGGCCGAGGGAGAUUGACAGUUAUUUUGUGUUUCUUUAAUUUGCGAAUAAUCGCACCAACUGUUGUCACCUUCUCACCAAGCUGCUUGGCGAUGGUCUUGUAGCCCAUUCCAGCCUUGUGUAGGUCUACAAUCUUGUCCCUGACAUCCUUGGAGAGCUCUUUGGUCUUGGCCAUGGUGGAAUCUGGUCUCUUUGGUCUUGGCCAUUUGGAAUCUGAUUGAUUGCUUCUGUGGACAGGUGUCUGUUAUACAGGUAACAAGCUGAGAUUAGGAGCACUCCCUUUAAGAGUGUGCUCCUAAUCUCAGCUCGUUACCUGUGUAAAAGACACCUGGGAGCCAGAAAUCUUUCUGAUUGAGAGGGGGUCAAAUACUUAUUUCCCUCAUUAAAAUGCAAAUAAAUGUAUAACAUUUUUGACAUGCGUUUUUCUGGAUUUUUUUGUUGUUAUUCUGACUCUCUGUUCAAAUAAACCUACCAUUAAAAUUAUAGACUGAUCAUUUCUUUGUCAGUGGGCAAACGUACAAAAUCAGCAGGGGAUCAAAUACUUUUUUCCCUCACUGUAGGAUGAGGAGAGUGUAAAGAGGAGUGGUAUAGGGCAGGGACAUCUUUCCCUGGAUCAUAUCUCCUUGCCUCCUUCUCAACCAGGACACACACACACACUGUAAAUUCACUUUCACUUGCGUGUGACCACAUCCUACAUUAUAGAAGCUUUUAGUGUGUAUAAUAUUUUGACGAUGGGGUUUGGUUAACCUCUAGAAAGUAGAGUCUAGGACCUAUAUUAGGGUUAACCCUUUGUUUCUGUCUCUGUGUGUGAUGUUCAGGGACAGGCGGGACAGGCACCGCUCCAAGAGCAGAGACGGCAGUAGUCGUGGAGACAAGUCAGUCACCAUCCAGGCCCCUGGAGAGCCUCUACUGGACACAGAGUCCACCCGUGGAGAUGACAGGGUCAGAGUUCAGUCCUUUCCUACAAUACAUUUCCCAUCACUAUCAACACUAUCUUCUAUCUGUCUGUAUCCUGUUAUCCUCCACCUUUACUUGACUUUCUCUCUGUCUUUCUCUAGUCUGUCUUUCUCUAAUAUGUCGUUCUCUAAUCUGUCUUUCUCUAGUCUGUCUUUCUCUAAUAUGUCUUUCUCUAAUCUGUCUUUCUCUAGUCUGUCUUUCUCUAAUCUGUCUUUCUCUAGUCUGUCUUUCUCUAGUCUGUCUUUCUCUAGUCCAUCUUUCUCUAGUCUGUCUUUCUCUAGUCUGUCUUUCUCUAGUCCGUCUUUCUCUAGUCCGUCUUUCUCUAGUCCGUCUUUCUCUAGUCUGUCUUUCUCUAGUCCGUCUUUCUCUAGUCUGUCUUUCUCUAGUCUGUCUUUCUCUAGUCUGGCUUUCUCUAGUCUGUCUCUUUCUCUAGUCUUUCUUCCUCUAAUCUGUCUUUUUAUAGUCAGACUUUCUCUAGUCAGGCUUUCUCUAGUCUGUCUUUUUCUAGUCAGUUUUUCUCUAAUCUGUCUUUCUCUAGUCUGUCUUUCUCUAGUCCGUCUUUCUCUAGUCUGUCUUUCUUUAGUCUGUCUUUCUUUAGUCUGUCUUUCUCUAGUCUGUCUUUCUCUAGUCCGUCUUUCUCUAGUCCGUCUUUCUCUAGUCCGUCUUUCUCUAGUCCGUCUUUCUCUAGUCUGUCUUUCUCUAGUCCGUCUUUCUCUAAUCUGUUUUUCUGUAGUCUGUCUUUCUCUAAUCUGUCUUUCUCUAGUCUGUCUUUCUCUAAUCCGUCUUUCUCUUGUCCGUCUUUCUCUUGUCCGUCUUUCUCUAGUCCGUCUUUCUCUAGUCUGUCUUUCUCUAGUCUGUCUUUCUCUAGUCUGGCUUUCUCUAGUCUGGCUUUCUCUAGUUUGUCUCUUUCUCUAGUCUGUCUCUUUCUCUAGUCUUUCUUCCUCUAAUCUGUCUUUUUAUAGUCAGGCUUUCUCUAGUCAGGCUUUCUCUAAUCUGUCUUUCUCUAGUCUGUCUUUCUCUAGUCUGUCUUUCUCUAGUCCAUCUUUCUCUAGUCUGUCUUUCUCUAGUCUGUCUUUCUCUAGUCUGUCUUUCUCUAGUCCGUCUUUCUCUUUCUCUAGUCCGUCUUUCUCUAGUCCGUCUUUCUCUAGUCCGUCUUUCUCUAGUCCGUCUUUCUCUAGUCUGUCUUUCUCUAGUCUGUCUUUCUCUAGUCUGGCUUUCUCUAGUCUGGCUUUCUCUAGUUUGUCUCUUUCUCUAGUCUGUCUCUUUCUCUAGUCUUUCUUCCUCUAAUCUGUCUUUUUAUAGUCAGGCUUUCUCUAGUCAGGCUUUCUCUAAUCUGUCUUUCUCUAGUCUGUCUUUCUCUAGUCUGUCUUUCUCUAGUCCAUCUUUCUCUAGUCCAUCUUUCUCUAGUCUGUCUUUCUCUAGUCUGUCUUUCUCUAGUCCGUCUUUCUCUAGUCCGUCUUUCUCUAGUCCGUCUUUCUCUAGUCCGUCAUUCUCUUGUCUGUCUUUCUCUAGUCCGUCUUUCUCUAAUCUGUUUUUCUGUAGUCUGUCUUUCUCUAAUCUGUCUUUCUCUAGUCUGUCUUUCUCUAAUCCGUCUUUCUCUAGUCUGUCUUUCUCUAGUCCGUCUUUCUCUAAUCUGUCUUUCUCUAGUCUGUCUUUCUCUAGUCUGUCUUUCUCUAGUCUGGCUUUCUCUAGUCUGGCUUUCUCUAGUUUGUCUCUUUCUCUAGUCUUUCUUCCUCUAAUCUGUCUUUUUAUAGUCAGGCUUUCUCUAGUCAGGCUUUCUCUAGUCUGUCUUUCUCUAGUCCGUCUUUCUCUAGUCUGUCUUUCUUUAGUCUGUCUUUCUCUAGUCUGUCUUUCUCUAGUCUGGCUUUCUCUAGUCUUUCUUCCUCUAAUCUGUCUUUUUAUAGUCAGACUUUCUCUAGUCAGGCUUUCUCUAGUCUGUCUUUUUCUAGUCAGUUUUUCUCUAAUCUGUCUUUCUCUAGUCUGUCUUUCUCUAGUCCGUCUUUCUCUAGUCUGUCUUUCUUUAGUCUGUCUUUCUUUAGUCUGUCUUUCUCUAGUCCGUCUUUCUCUAGUCUGUCUUUCUUUAGUCUGUCUUUCUUUAGUCUGUCUUUCUCUAGUCUGUCUUUCUGUAAUCUGUCUUUCUGUAAUCUGUCUUUCUCUAGUCUGUCUCUUUCUCAUUAUCCUCUUGUCCUCUCCCAUUUGUUCAGGUAAUAUUUCCUCUCCUCUAUGACCUCCCAACAUAUGCUCAAAUAAAUCUCUCUCAAUCUCUCUCUCUCUCUCUCCCCCCUCUUUCUCCCUACUCCAGGAUGAUAACUGGGGUGAAACCACCACCGUGCAGACUGGCACAUCAGAACACAGCGUCUCUAACGAGGACUUGACGCGCGUCUCCAAGGAGCUCGAGGAGUCCUCCCCGUUGGAAUGCCGUCGUUUCCUUGGCCCUGCGUUGGGUGCCGUCCUGGGCCUCUUCGCUCUGGUCACCCCCCUGGCCUUCCUGGCUCUGCCCCAGCUGCUGUGGCGUGAGUCCCUGGAGCCCUGCGGCACGCCCUGCGAGGGCCUCUACGUCUCACUGGCCUUCAAACUCCUGGUCCUCCUGAUCUCCACCUGGGCUCUGUUCCUACGCCCGCCGCGUGCCACCCUGCCCCGCUUCUACGUCUUCCGCUGCCUGCUGCUGGCACUCGUCUUCCUGUUCGUAGCGUCCUACUGGCUGUUCUACGGCGUGCGUGUGCUGGAGCCCCGGGAGAGGGACUACAGGGGUAUCGUGGGGUACGCGGCGUCACUGGUGGACGCGCUGCUCUUCAUCCAGUACCUGGCCCUAGUGCUGCUGGAGGUCAGACACCUGCAGCCUGCCUUCUGCCUCAAGAUGGUGCGUACCACCGACGGGGCUAGUCGCUUCUACAACGUGGGACACCUCAGGUGGGUGUUUAUUACAGUGUGUAUGUGAAGUUUCAUGAAUGUUACUUGUGCAUGUGUAGUUUUUCAUAAAGCAUGGAAUGUGUGUGUGUUUUAGUGUGUUAUGUUUCAUGUUAAUAUCAGUGUGGUUUUCCUGUCUCUGCAGGUGCUAUCAAAUGUUUGUUUUUUUGGGUGUUAAUUUGCAUGUUUCAUACUAUACCCUCAGCAUUGGUUUUAGUUUCUGAGACCGUUAUGAUAACAAUGUGGUUGGCCCACCAUUCAAUCAGUUGAACUGAAACCUGCAUUACCUCAUCAGCCGGUUUGUUGCGUGUGUCAUUUGAAUGGUGUGAGUGUUUAGGUUGCAUCAGGUUAUUUGGAUAGCACUCAUGCGUAUGAUCCAAUGGGGGAGGUUGUGUCUGCUCCAGUAGUUAUCUGGUUCCCACCCUAGUCUGUUUAGAGAGGCACUGAAGCGGUGAAGCUGACAGCUGAUCUAAAAUAGCCGCAGUACCACAUCUGUCCUAUAGUCUGUGCUACAUGUGCUACUAUUGAAGGUAAAACACUUGUUUGAAUAUGUUGCAGAAGGGAUAAUGACGAUGAUGCUACUGAUGAUAAUGAUAAUGAUGGUAAUGUUGAUGAGGAUGAUGUUGAUCUUGGUGGUGAUGAUUAUGAUGAUAAUUAGAAUGUUUUCCAUAGUAAUGACAGAUUUGUUUGUCUCUCUCCAGUAUCCAGAGAGCAGCAGUGUGGGUGUUGGACCAGUACUACAGUGAUUUCCCAGUCUACAACCCUGCUCUCCUCAACCUGCCCAAGGCCAUCCUCUCUAAGAAGAUUUCUGGCUUCAAAGUCUACACUCUGGGAGAAGGUAAGACUCGAUACUAUCCUUCCUUCCUUCUCUCCUCUUCUCCUCCUUUCAUACCUAUUUUCCCUCAGUCGCUUUUCACCCCUCUCUUUAUUGUCUUCGCAUAGUGAUACAAGUUCUUUGCUAAAUGAAUAUGUUGCUUGCUUUUUCUUUAUUGUGAUUUAUCUUCCAGAGAACAGCACCAAUAACUCUACAGGUCAGUCCAGAGCGAUGAUCGCUGCGGCGGCCCGCAGGAGAGAUAACUCCCACAAUGAGUAUUACUAUGAGGAGGCAGAGAUGGAGCGCAGGGUCCGCAAGCGUAAGGCCAGGUGAGCUUGUCAGACAGGGAUGGCAAUAUUUAAAACUAGCCAAUUAUGCUUAAAAAGGCUGCCAUUGGUGCCCCCAAGACAAGAUAUACAGGAACUGUAUACCAGUCUAAAAUGUAAUAUCCAUAACACGUGCCCUACCUCCUCCCAGACUGGUGGUGGCGGUAGAGGAGGCUUUUACGCACAUCAAGCGUCUCCAGGAUGACGAGCCGGCCGCCUCAUCCCCCAAACACCCCCGUGAGGUGAUGGACCCCCGGGAGGCGGCUCAGGCCAUCUUCGCCCCCAUGGCCCGGGCCAUGCAGAAGUACCUGAGGACCACGCGCCAGCAGCCCUACCACAGCAUGGAGAGCAUUAUCAACCACCUGCAGUUCUGCAUCACGCACAACAUGACCCCCAUGGUGAGCCACUACACCCUUAACAUGACCACUACUCCCUUAACAUGACCACUACACCCUUAACAUGACCACUACUCCCUUAACAUGACCACUACACCCUUAACAUGACCACUACACCCUUAACAUGACCCAACUUAUACACUACUUAAUGACACUGCACCUUAAGACAUACACCUUAACAUGACCACUACACCCUUAACCAUGACACUACACUAACAUGACCUACACCUUAACAUGACCACUACCACCCUUAACAUGACCACUACAACCCUUAACAUGACCAACUCUACACCACUCUACACUAACAUGACCAACUUACAUACACACUCCUUAACAUGACCACUACUACCUUAACAUGACCACUACAUCCCUUAACAUGACCACUCACCACCUUAACAUGACCACUACUCCCUUAACAUGACCACUACUACCCUUAACAUGACCACUACACCCUUAACAUGACCACUACACCUUAACAUGACCACUACACCCUUAACAUAACCACUACACCUUAACUGACCACUACACCCUUAACAUGACCACUACACCCUUAACAUGACCACUACACCCUUAACAUGACCACUACACCCUUAACAUGACCACUACACCCUUAACAUGACCACUACACCCUUAACAUGACCACUACACCCUUAACAUGACCACCACUGCCUUAACAUGACCACUACACCCUUAACAUGACCACUACACCCUUAACAUUACCACUACACCCUUACCAUGACCCCCAAGGUGAGCCCCUAUACCCCCUUAAUAUGUCCCCUACACACUUACAACAUGACCCCUUAGAUGCCUCUCAGGCAGUAAGAUAUGAUUCAUACAUUCUUCAUGUGAUACCUAUACCCUUGACAUAACCAUACAUGACCUAAUAUUAAACUUGAGGUAUUCAUGACCUUAAAGGGAUUAGAAUAAGCAUGAUUCACUUGAUGAAUCAUAUCUAGCCUACUUAACAUUCACCUGAGAGAAAGUGUUCACCACAAACGUGAACCCACUUUCGAUAUGACAAGAUGUCGCACCCUGUCAGACUGUCUAUCUCAUUCUCUCUGUGUGUUUCUCUCAGGCCUUUCUAGAGCGCUACCUCUCCCCAGGCCCUACUAUGCAGUACCAGCGGGAGAAUGGUAGGGGGCGCCAGUGGACCCUGGUGAGCGAGGAGCCGGUGACGUCCGCCCUGCGCCCGGGUCUGGUUUUCUCUCUGCGGCGUCUCGACUUCUCCCUGGUCGUCACAGUGACGCCCCUUCCAUUCCUCCACCUGGGGGAGGAGUUUAUCGACCCCAAGAGCCACAAGUUCGUCAUGAGGCUGCAGUCGGAGACCUCUGUGUAG